AUGCUUGGAGUCAAGAAGUGGGAGCUAGGUGAAAAGGAAGCUGUCCGCUGUCUCGGUACGCCACCUGUCUUCUUCCCGAAUACCGGUUUAAACCGCGUACAAAACCUCAAGGACCUCUUUACAGAGAAAUACUCGCAAGCAGUGUACCAGGAGUCCGUCAAGAUGGACGGCUCAGCAAUGACUGUCUAUUUCAUCAAGAAGACAUCCCAGUUCUACCGAUCAGUCCCCGUAAUACCGGGGGGAACCAAGGCGGAUCUGACCAACGGGCGAUUCGGCGUCUGCAGCAAGAACAUCGAUCUGGCCGAGGGUGGAGGAAGCAUUUUCUGGGAGGUCGCACUCAAGCAUAGAUUGCCCGACAAGCUGUCGAAGAUCGACCGAAGCAUUGCAAUCCAGGGCGAGCUAUGCGGCAGUUCGAUCUAG